UGAUGACGUCAUCACAGGUCCUUCAGCUCAUCUUUCUGUCCAUGGAGGAGUGAGAGUUCUGAGGAGCAGUCAGGAUGGAGGAUCCCCUCACAUCAGCAGAUGGAUCCAGAAGGAGAAUUCCACCAGAGAGAUGUCCCCGUCCUCUGUAUUCUCAGGACUGUCCAGAGGAGAAGCUCCCAGAGAACCAUCAGAUGACAAAUCACUGGGAAGAACUGACUAUUAUUAAAGUCGAGGAUGAAGAAGAGCGGAUGAUGGGCGAUCCCCCGUGUAAGAGUGAGGUGGAGGAGGACAUUCCAGUCCGUGUGACCACAGAAAAUCUCAGUAGGAACUCUGAUGGAAACAGCAUCUUAAAGCUAAAUUUUAAAGUAGAAGAUGAAGAUCUCAUGCAGUGCUCUUCACAAAAAACACUCACUACCAGAAAUGUACAUCCUGGACUUCACAGUACAGAUCUGUCAUAUUUGCCUAUAUGUGAGGAACCCUCUCUUGACCAAUUACAGAUUGGUGCCACAACUACAAAUCAGAAAGAAGAAAAAAGUUUUCAGUGCAACGAAUGUGGUAAACAGUUUGCAUACCACUCAUGUCUUGAUACACAUAGAAGAAUUCACAUAGGAGAGAAACCAUACUCCUGCUCAGAAUGUGGGAAAUAUUUUACCCGUAAAACAGGCCUUGAUAAACACAUGAGAAUUCACACAGGAGUAAGGCCAUAUUCAUGUUUAGAAUGCGGGAAAUGUUUUACAAAUAAAUCACAUCUUGUUGUACAUGAGAAAAUUCACACAGGAGAGAAGCCAUAUUCAUGUUCGGAAUGUGGGAAAUGUUUUACAAAUAAACCACAUCUUAUUGAACAUGAGCGAAGUCACACAGGAGAGAUGCCGUAUUCAUGUCCAGAAUGUGCGAAACGUUUUAGAAAUAAAUCAAGUCUUGUUAUACAUGAAAGAAGUCACACAGGAGAGAAGCCAUAUUCAUGUUCAGAAUGUGGGAAAUGUUUUGCAGGUAAAUCAAGUCUUAUUGCCCAUCAGAAAACUCACACAGGAGAGAAGCCAUACACAUGUUCUGAAUGUCAGAAAUGUUUUACUGAUAAAUCACAACUUGUUAGACAUAAGAGAGUUCAUACAGGAGAGAAGCCGUAUUCAUGUUCAGAAUGUGGGAAGUGUUUUACUGGAAAAUCACAACUUGCUAGACACGAGAGAAAUCACACAGGAGAGAAGCCAUAUUCAUGUUCAGAAUGUGGGAAAUGUUUUACAAAUAAAUUAAAUUUGGUUAUACAUGAGAAAAAUCACAAGGGAGAAAGGAUGUAUUCAUGUUCAGAAUGUGGGAGAUAUCUUUCAGAUAAAUCAAGUCUUCUUAGACAUGAGAGACUUCACACAGGAGAGAAGCCUUAUUCAUGUUCAAAAUGUGGGAUAUGUUUUAUUUCUCAAGCCAGCCUAAAGUAUCAUCAGAAAAAUCACACAGGGGAGAAGCUAUUUUGAUGUUCUCACAUGGAAAAUGUUUUAAAGAAAAAUGUGAUAUAUGGCAAAUGUAAUUAGAGCAACAACUAUGUUUCAAGGGAAACUAUCAUCAGAAUUGACCUACAGAGCUAAUUACGUAUUUUUUCGCCCUAUAAAAUGCACCUAGGUUUUCGAGGAGGAAAAUAUGGAAAAAAGUAUUUUACAUCAGACCUCAAUCAGAUGCCCCAUUUGUACCUGAGAUCAGAGUCUUAGUGUGACUAAGACCCCCCCCCCCAAUUCAGACCUCAGAUCAGACCAUGUUAGUCAGACCUCAGAGCAGUUAAAAAUAAAUAAAUCAACUUAGCUCUCCUGCUCCAGCACUGUUCCUGCUCUUCCUACUCCCUCUGCUGUAACCCAACGUUGCACAGCGUGAUGUCACAGAGCACACUAAUGUCCCCAUAUUGUGUGCAGGUCACAGCACAGCAUGUGGGGCCCUGCAGAAGACCAGUAAGCAGUUAGUACAGAGCCUGCAUGGGGAGUGCUCUGCAUUCACUGCUCCCUGUACUACUGAGUGCUUCCAUAAUGGAAGCAGUCAUUAGUAUUCACCCCAUAAGACACACUGACAUUUUCCCUCUACUUUGGGGAGAAAAAAAUUGUGCCUUAUAGGGUGAAAAAUAUGGUAUAUGCUUCUACUAUUCAUCCUCCUACUGUUCAUAAACUGUCUUAAAAGUAUUGUCUUCAUGUCAAAAAUCUACUUUGAAAAUGUACCUGACAUCAUCACCAGGUAGUUCAUGGAAUCAUUGGGACGUUGAGGCGAGUCAUGACCCCUGUUCUCCUACCCAUCUCACUCUCACAAACCACCCCUUCUCUUCCCAAUGUCAACACCCGGUCGAGCAAAUUCAUGCCCUGGUGCACAAGACUUCCUUGUGCGGCUGCAAUCCAGACAUGGGCAGUGAGUGCCAGUUUACGAAUGAUGGGCUUCAAGUGCUCACUGCAUAUGCUCCAGGGCCAGCUGAUCGCAGUGAAAAUUCAAAGACACGGUAUAUACACCUCUGCUCACUGCACGUCGGGACCGCAGCAGUGUAAGGAGAUCUUCUGUGCGAGAUUUCACUUAGCCAGGUGCUGACACCAGGAAGGCAAGGGGUGGUCUAUGUGGGCGAGAUCGGCGGGGGAGUAGGGGGUUAUCCCUUAUCCAUCAAUUUAUGCAGCCAAUAAGAAUUUAUCAAUCGGGUGAGACCCACAGAAGUGUAAACCUGAAUGCGCGGCAGCCCCUUCGGUACAUUUUUUCGUUAGGCAGGUUGGCAUGUGGAGUGCACCUACAGUCAGCACCAGACUUAUCAAUAAAUGUCCCACAAGCUGAGGGCUAAUAAACACUGUUUUCAUGAGGCUGACCCGAAUGUUACGCUCAGAACCAUUAGUCUCACAUUUACCUGAUGCAGUGCAAUUCGCUCCCACAUCCUUGUCUGUUUUUGUAAUACCACAGCACUAGUACUCGUCUUUUUAAUCUUUUUUAUUUUUUUAGAACAAAUUAUUUACAUUUUCCAGUCAAUGAUAAUAUAAAGGAGUAGAGAAAGAUAACGUUCCCUCAGCAAUACAGAAUUGAAGGAAAACAACCAAUAAAACUGUGAUUGUAAGACGACAUUAACCUUCUGUUCCAUUUUUUUAUAAAAUAAAGGAAGUCUAUGUAAACUUAAA